AAACUUGACUUAAAUGUUAUGUGGUUAACUUGUUUAAUUUUUUCGUGUACCAUAACUUGCAAUGAGCAAACUUUAAAGCUCGCGAUUUACCCUUUGAAAUCAAAUCAUAACGGUUCACCUUAAAAGCCUAAACAAAAGGUGCGCACUGAGAAAUUGUAUUGCAGAAUAUAAUGUGUGUAGUUUUUUCCGUAGUAUCUGAGUUUAAUCUAUCUUUUUGACUUUAGUUUACAUUUUCAGAUAUUUCAAUAAGAUUAUUAUUAUGAUGAAAUAUGAUUCUGAUAUGUCAAAUAGGCCUAAAAUGAUCUUUGUCAACAUGUAUCAUAGGGUGAGAACACAACUGACCCACCAGUGUUAAAGCCAUUACAAACUUAGUCUGUGCAGCCAAAUAUUGUUCAAACACACAACAAUGUUUAUUUUUGCAUAUUAACAGUGACUUGAUAAACAUUAAUUUUCCUGUUUUUACCCAAUUAAACUGUAUCAUCCCUUAGUGGUAGUUUUGUUAUCCUUGAAACAAUACUUAUAAACCCAACUUUAUUUUAAAUUGUGGUGGCAUCCCAAAGUUCCAAAAAUGCCAAACAUGUCAGUAUGUGCUUUGCAGACGUGUAUAAAAUGGUAUAAGAAAUCUAGAAUAUUUGUAUUUGCUUGAAUGGUGCAGCCAUAAAAAACACUGGUGGCCUUUUGGUUUCAGCAUUUCACUCAUUGUAAACAUAGAUUUUCAAUGAAAAGCUGGAACAAGAUGAUAGAAUAUGUGUGAUACUGUGACAUAAGGUUAUUUUAAAGCAAUUUAAGAUGAAAUAAAAGGGGGAAACUGUUGUUAAGGGGUUAAUUCAUAAUAGAUCAUCGUCACAAAUUCUUUAAUGACAAAAACCUUGACAAAUUAGAGGUCUACAACUGCUUUAAAACUGCUUUUUUCACACAUGCUGGAGACAGUGAUCAUUCUUUGUGACUUUUUUGUCACUUGUCUUUACCAUGUCAAAGCAAACACACCUGUUUCUCCCCCCUCCCCAGUGAUAUAAGCCCACUUACCUACAAAUAGGUUAGGGUCAGACUGCCCAUGGAAUUUUUCAUCAGAAGAAGUGGCAUGGAUCAGAAAAGAUUUGGCAACCUACUUAGAACUAUUGUUUUACAAUGUUUUAUCAUGAGGAAUGUGUUUUCCAUUCAGAAAAGAGAAUGGAUUGAUAUCCCUGCAGCAAAAUUAACAGAAGGAGAUGUGGCAUGUUUUUCUGAAUACAUGGAGAUAUGGAUCCACAGUGCGAGGAUUGAAGGGCUGGGAGUCUGGCUGUCUGGGGCCUUACGGAUCCAAGUCAACCUUGCAUCUCUGGAUCACCUAAAUCACCAGCUGUCUGCCUGUGGAUUCUCACUGCACAAAGACCCUGGCAAGAACUUUAUUUUUAGAGCCAGUUACUCUGGAUGUUUUGUCCAGCAACAGCAUGGCUACCAUGUCUUGACACUGAAUUUGGUGAAGAGGAUAAAUCGAUUUGGAGGCAGACCUCAUAGUUUCAUGAUGAAGUGUCCUGUGGUUCCUGUGCUGCCCAGCAGAGAGCAAAUCCAGUGUGGCCCAGAGUAUAUUCAGGUGACCAGACAAGUUCCCUAUGACAAUUGGGAUAAUAAGCUGCACUGGUCACUGUCUCUGAGCGAUCACCUCAUUGUAGCUCUGGAGGAUGCCAGCCUGCUCCAGAUGAACAUUGACAUGAGUGGACCAGACAUUACAGUUCAAGGCAGGAGGAGGGAGGUCUUGAGCCCUAUCAAAGUAAUGGAAAAUGACGGAGAAUUCUUGGCCUUGAAGCUGGUCAGUGAUCAGUAUGCCUACAGUAUGGAAGCUACGUGCCCAAAAGUGACCAUGUCCACAGCAGAGGAGACCGUGCUGCACAUUUUCAAACGACACAUGGGUUUGACCAAACGAGGCAGCUAUGACAACGAAGCACUGACAGUCAGUAAUGUGUCAGUGAACCAGACAGACAAUUUCACUGUGCACGAGACGAGUGAAUUUGUGACACUGAUCAUUCCUACAGCUCAAAUACUCCAGACCAAGACCUGCGCAGACGGCAAACAACUCCUGCAGCCAUUCUAUUGGGUGGAUGUUGUGCUCACCUUCAAAGAGACAAAUCACAAAAUGCACUGGACCAUGGAGAACACACUGCCAUGCACAGCCAGGCCUGCUGCAUCACACAUCACAACCUCUCCUGGUCCAAACACCACAGCCCUGUCCACGCUCAACUUUAAACAUAAGAAUUUAACUACAGAACAGCCACCGUUGGACCGCUCCACCAUCCCCGUACGGAAACAAAACGAAGAAAUGACUGCAGAGUUUUCCACAACUAGCUCACCUCACACACAGAUGGAGACCCGCAGUUUUAAGCUCCACAUUGAUGAGAUGUCAGAGAGUCAAAGUGGAAAUUUAUCUUCCAGGUUUGAUGGGGACACCGUUACUUCCAUUAAUGCAACUGAAACAAGCUUUUUUGAUUUUCUAAAUGCAACCGUAAAUACUUUAGCAGAGCUGGAUUUCCUUGAAACAUCAGCCACAGCUGAACCACCAGAAACGUUGUUCCACCUGAACAAGAAUACCGACAAUUCAACUCAACCAGUGGGAAUAAAGACCAGCAAAAGCAAAGGAGAAUGAAGUGGAUUUGGGAGGACAGGAAAUCUGACAAAAUCUGUGAAAAAAAACAUGCAGUGUACCUUUUUCUGGAAGUAAACAACCUUUUUCAAUAUCCCACAAUACAACCUACAUGUGUCUGUUCAGGUGUCAGUUUAGCAAACUUUAACAUAAUUCUGUGACUGUUCAAAAAAACAUUUAAUUAACGUUAUAUUAGUGAAGGAUUCAUGUUGUCGAGUUCUGUAACACCAUGUUUCCCAUCACUAAAAGCUUUAUAUGGAUUAUUAAAUGUAAUUUUCUUAGUUCUGUGUUUUGUAAGUCACACUAGACUUCAAAUACAGUUUCAAAACACUUGCUCUAAGGCCUUUUGAUUUACUUCUUUUGUUUUAAUUCUCAUUGGUGUCACGUGUUACAUGUCUGUUUGCAGUCUUGAAAGGUGAUGCUGUGGUCAGUCAGUGCUGUGAAGGUUGAUUAUACAAGCAGAAAUACAGCCAGACCUCUGCCAGCCGCUGCCUGAGGGUGGACAUUAUCCAGACGCAGACAAGGCAGGCGUUAAAUAAACACGUCUCUAUCGGAGCAGCACAACAGGCUGAUGUAGAGAAGACCCUGCAGCCGAUGCCACCUUCCAGAGGUGCCUUGUGUUAUAGAAACUCGUAAUAAAGACUUAAUUUUCAGUGACACAGACUGUCUUGUCAUUGAUGAAUCUCAAACUCUCCGAAGUUUUAUGUUUCUUAGGGUGAAAUUGGUGCUUUACAAAAGUGUUUUUUUCCCUCUGUUAAAAAACAAAUCAGUGUAUUUUCUGAUUCUAUACAUUCAGCUACUGUUGUAUUGCUUCGUGUAUCUUGGCUGCAGUAUACUGAACCAACAGGAGAGGGCACUAUUGAAUGUGUUUUCAGAGAAAUCUCUCUGUGGGCCGACAGCCUGCCUGCAGAUGCUCAUUUUGAAAUAAACCAGUUUUACAUAUUUUUGC